UCUGAGCGUCAUACCGUAGAAGAAGAAGAGGAGGAGGAAGGAGGACUUCCAGGUUCACGCUAAUCCAAACAGAGGCUCCGAGGGCCACUCACUCGUUAUUUCGACAAACAUCUGUAACCGGAGAGGACUUUAAAGAAUCUAAACCCACGGAAAUUAACGGGACAAGAUGGCGACCACCAUCAGCACUCAGAGGGGACAGGUUUAUAUUGGAGAGCUUCCUCAGGACUUCCUGCGAAUCACUCCGACUCAGCAGCAGCAGCAGGUCCAGAUGGAUGCCCAGGCAGCCAGGCAGCUGCAGUAUGGAGGCUCCAUAGGCACAGUGGGGCGACUCAGCAUCACUGUGGUCCAGGCCAAGCUGGCUAAAAACUAUGGUAUGACACGUAUGGAUCCAUACUGCAGGAUCCGACUCGGCUACGCAGUCUACGAGACUCCAACUGCUCACAAUGGAGCCAAGAAUCCACGGUGGAACAAGGUGAUCCAGUGCACUGUGCCUCCGGGGGUGGACUCCUUCUACCUGGAGAUAUUUGAUGAGAGAGCAUUCUCCAUGGACGACAGGAUAGCAUGGACUCAUGUCACCAUCCCAGAGGGCCUGAGGGAGGGCAGUGUUGUGGACGAGUGGUACAGCCUCAGUGGCAGGCAGGGAGACGACAAGGAGGGCAUGAUCAACCUAGUGAUGUCCUUCGCUUCCUUACCAGCAGGAAUGAUGACUCAGCCGGUGGUCCUGAUGCCCUCCGUCUACCAGCAAGGAGUCGGAUAUGUGCCCAUAGCAGGAGUUCCUGCGGUCUACAACCAAGGGAUGGUACCCAUGGGAAUGCCAGCCACCAUGCCGGCCGUGGGAGUCCAGGGGCCAGUGUGCAGUGAAGAGGACCUGAAGGCCCUGCAGGACAUGUUCCCUAACUUGGAUAAGGAGGUGGUCCGCACUGUGCUGGAUGCACAGCAGGGCAACAAGGACGCUGCCAUCAACUCCCUGCUGCAGAUGGCCGAGGAGCUCUAAAGGCAGACCACGAGCUCGCAGCAGACAUGCCAACACACUUACUGACUCAUGCACACUCAUCUACACACACAGAGUCACGUAUGGAGCGUGGCUGUCUCAGCUCACAUGCGGCUGGUUCCCCCAAAUGACACUGGACCCUGAAAGCAUCACAGCAAACGUGUUUGGAGUUAGAGACGGCGGUUUACACCAGGAAGUAACAUGUGUCCUGCUGGUUUUAUUAGUAUGACAGUUUGUCCUUUGCGUGUUACUAAAAUCAGUCUCCACCUCUCAGCAUGUACCACAUAUCAUUUUCAUGUUAAUAAAUGUACAAAUUCAUUGAGAAAAUGUGAUCCUUGAGCUGAGUGCACCAGCUUAAAUAAAGUCAAUGUUAUCUCCA